AUGCCGCCCGGGCGGCGCUUGAGGGCGGCGGCGAUGGUGUGGGGGCUAGAGGGGGACUCCAUGGGGGAGAGCAGCGUGGAGGGGGACAUGGUGAGAUCGGAUGACCAGUUGUCAAGUGACUGGGGGAGGGGAAGUAGGAGGGGGAGCGGGGGAGAGGGGGAGGAUGGGGGGGAAAGGGAGGGCAGAGGGGGAAGGGGAGGGCAGAGGAAAGGAGGGGGGGGGAGGGCAGGGGGAAAGGGAAAGUGGAGGCAAGUCAAUGAGGGGAGCAAGAGAGGCUCGGCGCUUGAGGGUGGUGAUGAUGGUCGACUGGGGGGGGGGGAGGGGGUUGGAGGGGGUGAAGAGAGAGAAGAGGAGGGGGUUGGAGGGGGUGAAGAGAGAGAAGAGGAGGGGGUUGGAGGGGGUGAAGAGAGAGAAGAGGAGGGGGUUGGAGGGGGUGAAGAGAGAGAAGAGGAGGGGGUUGGAGGGGGUGAAGAGAGAGAAGAGGAGGGGGUUGGAGGGGGUGAAGAGAGAGAAGAGGAGGGGGUUGGAGGGGGUGAAGAGAGAGAAGAGGAGGGGGUUGGAGGGGGUGAAGAGAGAGAAGAGGAGGGGGUUGGAGGGGGUGAAGAGAGAGAAGAGGAGGGGGUUGGAGGGGGUGAAGAGAGAGAAGAGGAGGGGGUUGGAGGGGGUGAAGAGAGAGAAGAGGAGGGGGUUGGAGGGGGUGAAGAGAGAGAAGAGGAGGGGGUUGGAGGGGGUGAAGAGAGAGAAGAGGAGGGGGUUGGAGGGGGUGAAGAGAGAGAAGAGGAGGGGGGGAUGGACGGAUCCAUAUCAUGA